AUGGGGCACGGCAAUUCAAACAAGCUCUAUGUCACGCAUGCCGAGCACUCCGGGAUGUUUGGGCAACAUACCGCUUCCUCUGCUGGACACAAGGCGCAGCACAACAACAUCAACCCUGUAACGCAGGAGCCUCUUCAGCCGUCCGACCUCAUCACCCUCCACUACGCUCGGAAACCCUCGGGAGAGAUUCAUGACCCCAUCUCAUUUAAGCCAUUCAGCGAGCACUCGCACAUUGUUGCUAUCGCCACCACAGGCAACGUGUUCUUAGCGGAGAGUACCAAAGGUGGGCGUGACCUCGUAGCAGAUGUCAAGUUCAAAAAGGAGGAUGUCAUCACCCUUCAAAAUCCUCAUGGACUACCUCCCGCAUCUGUACCCAGUAGACCAAUGCAGCCUCCGAGCGCUGAGAAGGCGGAUAAAAGCAAAACUAUGGCGGUGAAGCCUGCACCUGGAGGUCCUCUCGCGAAGGCUAAGGCGGUCACUCCCUGGAACGCCUCUCCUUACUCCACGGGCCUUCCCGGAGCCUCGCUCACUUCCACCUCCGUCGACCCGCAAACACAAAGCUCGCAAUUACUCUGGGACGAGGAGGAACUGAUGUUCGACGAGUUUGCGAACCCACCGAAAGGCAAGGGCAAGGAGAAGGACGUGGGCAAGCGACGUGCAUAUGUUCGUGUCAUCACUAGCCUGGGCGGCGGGGGUCUCAAUAUCGAGCUCUACUGCGAGAAGGCUCCAAAAACGUGUUACAACUUCCUGCAGCUGGCGAAAGCCGGGAAGUACAACGACUGUCUCUUCCAUCGACUGGUCCCUGGCUUCAUGGUCCAGACUGGUGACCCGACAGGAACAGGCUCUGGCGGCGAGUCAUGUUGGGGCACGCCAUUCCGUGACGAGUACGACCUCCGCAACGCGGCCAAGCACGAUAGUCGAGGUAUCGUUGCGAUGGCGAACAAAGGUCCGGCCACAAAUGGCUCGCAGUUCUACAUCACGUUCCGUGCAACGCCAAAUCUAGACAAGAAGCAUACGGUAUUCGGCAAGCUUGUCGGUGGUGAGGAUGUGCUCGACGCGCUUGAAGGGUUGCCUGUGAAGCCCGGCACGGAGCGACCAGCGAAGCAGGUCCGCAUCACCGAGGUCGUAAUGUAA